AAUCCAAAAAUUAUUGUUUUCGAAAUCUUAUUUUUGGCUUAUAUUUAAAUUAUAUAAAUGCUUCUUCACAAAAAGUUUGGUUGAAAUCGAAUAAGCAGCUUCGGAGAUAAUCGGAUUUGAAAAAAACGGUUCUAUGGCAGGUACCGUUAAUAAUGAUUUGCAAAAAAAAAUUUUUUCAUUAGAAGAUAGACCUUAGCUCAAAACUAACAUUUGAAUUUUUUAAACAAAAUCGUUAGAGCAGUUUUUGAGAUAUUUCAAUUUUACUUAAAUCGGUAUAUGACAAGUACCGUUAUUUUUGUCCAAAAAAAUUAAUUCCAAAAACCCCUCUGGAGAGUCGCCAAACAACGCUACAUACCAAGUUUGGCAUUAAUCGGUCCAUCCGUUUAGGCUGUAGCUCCUUAUACAGACAGACAGACAGACAGACAGACUGACAGACAGACAGACAGACAGACGGACUUCCGGGACCCACUUUUUUGGCAUUGUCUACCAUCGUAAUGUCAUGGAAAAAUGUUAUCUCAACUUUUUUUUUUUGUACGAAUGCAUAACUUGAUAUAUCUGUGGUAAUAAGUUAAAAGAGCUUAUGUCGACAUAAGUGAAAAUCGAUUUUAUUUGCUUAAUAUGUUCACUUUUUUUUCAGCUUUGUUUUAGUCUGGGUCUCAUUUCUCUACGCAAAAUAUAAACCGUUAAAUUUAAAAAAAUCAUAGUAGCUUAAGUCUUUUUGAACAAAAACUGCAUUUGCAUAAUAGCUUAUGUAUGUGUUGAAAUAAAAUCGUUCAAAUCUUAAAAAGAAUACAUUUUUUUAAAUCAGCUUAAGUCAUGGCAUAAGCUGUUAUGAAAAUUUGAAUUCAAAUAUAUUCAUCGCUUAGGUCAACAUAAGCUAUUUUAAACUUGUGGUCGAGUGAACCAUUUGUGUUCUUAUGUCGACUUAAGCCAUUUUAAAAAAUUGAAUUUUGAACCAAACCCAAUUUUGCAAAACAGCUUAAGUAACAUAAGCUGUUUUGUUCCUUGAAAUGUCUGCAAAAUUGUAUGCUUAAGUCAAAGUAAGCUAUUUUUUCAAAUGUAACGGUCGUCCCGAACGCGACUUAAGUGAAUUUUCAAUUUAAAUCAUUUGUGAAGUUUUCUUCGAGCAGGUAAGUUCUUUUAGAGAAAAAUAUUAUUUUUCAAGAAACAAAUAUGUUUUGCUAUUAUUUCGGUUGAUUUCUAAUUCAUAAUCAAUUCAAACCGUUUUUUAGAAAUAAAAAUAUCCUACACAAAAAGCUUUACAAAGAUGAACAGAUCAAGCAAAAUCCUUGCCUUGGCACUUAACAAAAUUGGUAAAAACACAGAAAGCGAGCAAAAUAAAACCCACAACAGUUACUGCAGCGAAAAAACGCCAGCGCGAGCGGUUACGUCUAUAAAAAAAAAGAAACUUGAAGAUACCGACGUUUUUGAGAGCCCAGUUUUAAAUGAAUCUGGUUCAUCAUACAACUAUGGAGUGGAAUCAAAUAUUGAGGAUCUUCAACUUUUUGACGUCGAUGAUGAUGACGACAGCAUAAAAGAUCCAGACUUUGCUCCAAGUUCUCCAAGCAGCAUUGACGGCAGUAAUUACAGCGAAGAUACUAGACAAGCCGCACUUAUUUUGGAAAGAAAUUUAUGUGAUAAUCAGGAAAAUUUGGUGAGUACUAGUGUUUGUGAAGAGAUUAUUGUACCUGAAGAAAUUGUUAGAAAGAAGAUAAUAUCACCAGGAACAACGACUCAACCAGACCAGCGUGGAUGUGGAGCUUCAAACACAACAAACCCACAAAUAGAAAACGAGAUCCGGGAACAUAUAAAAUCUUUCCCAGCUUAUGAAUCUCACUACACGCGAAGAGACAGUUCGUGCAAAUAUUUUCAUAGUGAUUUGACGCUUUCAAAAAUGUAUAGAUUGUACUGUGAAAAACAUCAAUCAGUAGCUUCAAUCUCGACAUAUUCAAAAAUAUUCAAAACAAUGAAUAUAAAAUUUAAAAAGCCCAAGCUUGACACCUGCCACAGAUGUGAAAUUUUAAAAACGAAAUUAGAAAUUGGAGCAGAGGAUGAAGAAGCCAAAAGUCAAUUGCUAAAAGAGCAGGAGGAGCAUCAUAAACUUGCAGACUUAGCAUAUAAAAGCAAGAGUAAGGACAAGGAUACUGGUAGGAAUGACAAUUCAAUCAAGGUUUACACAUUUGAUCUACAACAGUGUCUUCCUACUCCGUUCCUUCGGACAAAUAUCUCGUUCUAUAAAAGACAACUGUGGACAUACAAUUUAACACUCCAUGACUGUGUAACAAACCAAGCAUAUUGUUAUAUGUGGGACGAAUCUGUUGCAAACCGUGGAGGUAAUGAAAUAGCCUCAUGUGUGUUCCAGCACCUGAAAAAAAUCCCAAGUACUGUUAAUAACUUGAUCUUCUAUAGUGACUGCUGUGCGGGUCAAAACAAAAAUGGAUACGUUGCAACAAUGUUUCAAAUAUUUAGCACGAACUCAAGCAUUUCCGUAAUUGACCACAAGUUUUUGGUGCCUGGCCAUACCCAUAUGGAAUGUGAUGUUGACCACGCUGCCAUUGAGAGGAAAAAAAAGGUAUCAUCCGUUAACAUCCAUCAUCCAAGGGAUUGGUUUCAAUUAGUUAGAUCCAUCGGAAAGAAACCAUUCAUUGUCCAUGAAAUGACACGCAUAGACUUCCUUGACUUUGCGAAAAUGUCAAAGGAAAAAUUCACUUGGCGCAAGACAUCCGAAGCCAAGACAAAAUUUGUUUGGCGAGAUAUUAAAUGGUUGCGUUUUACAACUGAUUUUGGAUUAAUACAAUAUAAAACAAGCCUCGAUGAAAACGAAGAAUUUCAACAUCUAAAUAUUAAAAAACGUGGAGUCAAUGUCGUUUUCCUUGAUGAAAUUCCAGUCUGUUACUCUGGGCCUAAUUUAAUCAGCAAGGAAAAGAAAAAAGACUUGAUAGAACUACUGCCUGUAAUUGAAAAAUCAUACCACGACUUCUAUUUAAAUCUUAAAUCCGACGACAUUAAAGAUAAUCACCCUGAUUUGACUGAUGAUGAAAGUGAAGAAGAAAAUUAAAUUUGAAAACAUCUUUUUUAUUUAUGCUUUUAUUUUUCACUAAAUUUUAUAACCAGUAUCGUUCAAUUCUGAAAAAAAUUAAAGUUGUAAAAGUCUAAAAAUGAAUUUCCUAAUACACACAAUACAAUAAUAAUAAUAAAAUU